AUGGAGGACCAUGUGGGGUACAGGGGAUUGGUCUCCCCUCAUCCUACUCGUUAUGACAGCUAUAUGUCGUCUUCCCUCCGCCAAGUCAAGCGAUACAUCGACGAGACCCUGGCAUCUGCCCUUGACGAACUAUCCACACCAGACGGUCGACCAGCCAUAACACUUAAACGAAGCUCUAGGAACGUGUCACUGUUUAUCAAUCCCACAAGUAGAGCUCUUGAAAGCAAUGGAACAGACACAUAUAUUACCUAUUCCUGGCCCGGCGCAAACACCUUCGAAGCAUGGAAAUUUACCGUUGUUUUUCGAGUUCUUGCAGCUGUUGCAGAUGCUAUUGACACAGGUUUAGUAGUGUCCAAAAGAGACAUAUACUACAGCGAUCCGGCAUGCUUUGGGACACAGAGAACUGUUGACACAAUCGUUGGUGAUCUGGCCCACACCAUUGGAGUCGACAGAUCCGCAUUGAAUGUUGAAGCGGCUGCGAAAGGACUCGUGACAGGCUAUUGUAGCCUUCUAACCAAGUUUGGGGAGACCAUGGAUAUUCAAUUGCCUGCUAAGGACUGUCUAGUACCAAAUUCACAGGAUAACGGUGAAAUUGACAUCUCAGAUGCUAGCUGGGUCUUGAUCAUCGAGAAAGAGGUGCUACCAUUGCCAUAUGAUCUCAUCACGGACACUCAUUCAGUACACAGGCCAUCUACCGCAGACUUACAAGAAGUCAAUAUCAUACUAGAGCGGCCGCAGGAAAAGGGAUCCUCAUCACUAUCAGACAAAGCCCUGCAUUUCUAUGGUCUAGUUGACAGCGACCCCGACGGCAUGGCUAUUAUGUCAACAUACAAAUACGGCUCAAUGGCACAUACCAACCAGAAUGGAAGGUUAAAUAUUCCUUCUCUCUGGUGGUUAGGCCUCCGAACGUCAGAUGUCGUAUCUGGAGCGCCGAGCAACGACGACGGGGCUUUGAUUAGAUUGACAGUAAGGGACAGAAAGAAGGUCAUGACCAUGUUAUCGAACAACCCUGUAUGGGCAGCCGAAGGACCCGAGCUGGAAUGGCGUGCAGAGCUGCAGCAAAUGCUCAUGUUGAACCUGAAAGCAGAAAUCGAGAUACUUUAUGAUCGGGACGAAGGACUGGAAGGAUGGAUUGAUCAAAAAAUGGCAGGUUUCUCUCCACCGGAUAACUAG